UGGUGUUUUACCUCCCUUAGAAAGUGAAAUCGCUGACACUGUUGACACCAGUACUGACAGUGCCUUAAUCGAUAAUGACACGUCUGACUUUGUUGUUUCCAACACCGACCAGUCCAUGCCUGAUGCUGAGCUGUCUGAUACUCUCAUUCCCAAUAAUGGAAGCUCAUCAGACCCUGUCAUUACCGACACAGACACCACCCUCCCCAGCAAUGAGCUGUCUGACACUGCCAUUACUACCGAUGAUGUCUCCUCUCCCUUAGAAAUUGAACCAUGUGACACUGUCAUUCCCAGUACUGAAACCACCCUCAUCGACACUGACUCCUCCCUCCCCAAAACUGAGCAGUCUGACGUUCCCAGUACUGCUGACGAUGUUUUACCUUCCUCCGAAGGUGAACUCUCAGAUGCUGGUGCCCCUAGUACUGACACCACCCUCAUCAACAAUGAUAUGUCUGACUCCGUCACUCCCAACACUGACGAAUCCCUCCCAAACACUGACAUUUCCGACACUGUCAUUCCCAGUACUGACUCCUCUCUCCUCAAAACUGACAUCACUGACAUGGUUACUCCAAGCAUUGACUCAUCAGACCCUGCCAUUAUAAACACAGAUGCUUCUGUCCCCAGCAAUGAGCUGUCUGACACUGCCAUUGACACUAUGGAUGAUGUCUCCCUUCCCACAGAAAGUGAACGAUCUGACACUGUUUCCCCCAGUGCUGACACUACCCCCAUCAACAAUGACAUGUCAAACUCUGUCAUUCCCAACACUGACCAGUCCCUCCCUGAUACAGAGCUAUCUGAUACUGCUGUUCCUGACACUGAACUCUCUCUCUCCAAAACUGACAUCUCUGAUGUUGUUGCACAAAAUUCUGACCCCUCAGAUGCUGAUGAUACCAACACUGACACUUACCUUCCUGACACUGACAUCUCUACCUCUAUCAUGCCCGAUGAUGACUCCUCCCUCCCUACAGCCAUCAUGUCUGACGUUGUUGCCCCAAACAUUGAUUCCUCAGACCCUGUCAUUACUGACACUGACCUCCCUCUCCCUAGCAGUGACACCUCCCUCCCCAAAUCUGAGCUCCCUGACCCUGUCACAAUCUACACUGACACCUCCUUCCCCAACACUGAGCUCUCUGAUGCUGCCAUUGGCAUGGAUGAUGUCUCACCUCCCUCCAAGACCGUGCUCUCUGACCCAGUCUCCCCCAGCAGUGACCCCAUCAACACGGACAUCUCUGACACCGUCAUUACCACAGACAAUGUCUCUCCUUCCUCCAACACUGAUGUUAUUGAUGACGAUGCCCCCAACACUGACAUCUCCAAUACUGAGGCCCACGAAGCUCUUCCUGAAGGUGACCCGAAAACAGGCUGCUCAAGCCCUGAUAUCUCUAUCAGUGACGGCUACAAUCUAUUACACCCCACCGCUGAUGAGCUUGACGGCCCCGACUCCAUCAUUCCAGCUGUGGCCGUUUCUGGCACCAUGAGUCAAAGACAGGAGUCACUGACAGAGGAGGAAGAGGCAGAUGGAGAGGGAAUGGUCACAGAGUCAGAUAGACAGGAUGCAGGUGGAGAGGAGCCGCAGUGCGAUGAAGAGAUUCUCCAGGAAAGCCCUGACGAAGAUGAAGCCGCCUCUUCCCCGAGGGGCCAUGACGUCAUGGACGAUUCUCCUUCCCUUCAGCAGGAGUGUGAAAAUGAAGAGGAAAUAGAAGAAGAAAGAGGAGAAGAGCUAGAGCAGUGGAAGGAGACGAAUGGCAGAGAGGAAGAAAGAGAGGCAAAAUGGGGGGAACAUCAACAGAGAGAGGAUGAGGAGGAAAAGCUCCAACUGGAGGAGGGGCAGGAUGGAGAGAAGGACAUGCAAGAGAUGCAGGUGGAGGACCUGGAGGUACUGAGGCAGAAAGAGGAGGUGGAAGAAGAGAUGGAGGAGGGGCAGGACGGAGGGAAGGACCUGCAAGAGAUGCAGGUGGAGGACCUGGAGGUACUGAGGCAGAAAGAGGAGAUGGAAGAAGAGAUGGAGGAGGGGCAGGACGGUGGAAAGGACCUGCAAGAGAUGCAGGUGGAGGACCUGGAGGUACUGAGGCAGAAAGAGGAGGUGGAAGAAGAAAGGGAGGAGGUCCAGCAGCGUCCCCAGAUACCUGCUGCGGAACCGGACUCACCUGUUUGUCAGGAACGUGGACCUCAGGAAUGUGAGCCGGCCCCUCCCUCACCUGAGCCCGAAGGGGAGGGGCCACAACAGACCUGGAGCAUGGCAACACAGACACUCCACUCUGUGCCGCCUUCAGGCGAGGAGACAACACAGGAGGUCGAGCACGAGGCCGAUGACACCAAUAACACUGCGAUACUCACUGACAGAUUGACAGAGGAAGCAGACGCGGUGACCGACAGCGCGGAGAGAGCAGAGGCUCACACUGACGGCUCGGACAGCACCGACACGCUCAUUGACAGCACAGAGAAAGCGGACACAUUUAUUGACACAGUGACAGAGACAGCAGAUCCCACGCAUGCUCCCACGCUGUCUGACGUGCUGACAGAAGUGGAGGAAUCCCAGUCUUCCCCGCUCCCCCUCACUCCGGCUGACUCGCUUGUGUAUGAUCUGUCAGUGCCUUCAGCAGCUGUAGAGGAGCCUGUUCCUACAGGUCAGCUGGAUCUGGACACGAUGAACUCUGGCUUCGGGGUCCUGAGCACCACCCUCAACGUGAGACCUCUCCUGGCCCAAGAGGUGAAAGAAGAUGGGCGGCCGCGCUUCCACAAAGUGUCGCUCGUCAGUACCUGUGACGACAGCUACAAGGACUGUGGGCCGGGCCCGGCAGAGGUGCAAAACGAUAGUAAAACUCACCUGGAUGUGAAGGAGAACCAGCAGAGUGUUCAGUUUCAGGAUGGGAGAUCAGUCCCUGAGGAGUUUGUGUCCUGGAAAUCUCCAUGGUCCAACCCAGAGCCCAGCGUUUCCUCAUACUCCCACAGUUCCCCCCUCCCCCUGGACACACAACACCUCUCCUCCCUUGGGACGCACCAGAAAGCAAGUCCCUCUGCGCUCUCCCCAGAGGCGCCUCGUUCCCAUGGCAACGCUCACUGGCUCAGCGAGAGGAGCGAAGUUCAGCUGAGCUGGGAGCGCGAGCCAGGGGGGCGGAGCUGGGUGGAGCCAGCUGCACCUGCAGGAGAGAGAGAGAGCGAGCAAGAGAUAAAUACAGGCUCAGAGGUGCAGCGGCUGUCAGACAGCAGGCUCUCCCCCACGCAGACAGAGGUCCCUUUCUCUGGUGUGUUCAAGGCCACCAGAGUGGAACUGCUUCCCUCCCCCACCUCGCCUGACCCCGGCUCCCCCUACGACAUGGACAGCCUGGUGGACACACUCAAGAGCAUGGACCGUCCCCAAAGGCAGAGGGGUAUAAGGCCCGCCCCUUUAACCGCCUUUAAUUCCCUGCCCCCUAUCGUGGAGGAUGCCCCUGCACCCGCCUCCAAGGCUGAGGAGAAGACGGUCAGCAGCCCACAGGCGGUCCCGAACGGGAAGCCCACCCUUCCGCCCGACCUGGGCCUGACCUGGAGCUCCCAGAAGGACCUGCGCUCCCCACUGGAGAUGAUGAAGAGGCAGCAGGAGCAGGACGGCCUGGGCCCGCGCAGCAUCUCUCUCCCACAGCGUGCUUCCGCUGACAGCAGCAUCGUCUUCCGCAAGGCCUCCCCUGAGGGCUCCCCCUCUCCCCACCUGAACGGGGGCGGCCAUCAGAGCCCCUCACGGCUGGACAACAGCCUGAUCUUCUCCAGUUACCGGACGCCGGAGCGGCCGGCGGAGAAUGGCAAGGCCCCGUCCCACCACCCCCUGCUCCGCGCAACCUCCCUGCCGGAGACCGGACCCACCCACGAGCGGAUCAGCUCCGCCCCUCAGGGGGGCACAGAUGCCCAGAACAAAACCCCCACUCGUUCUGAACGCCUCUCCUUCCUCUUUUCGCCCACUGGCUCUGUCACGGAAGGGGUGGAGUCUACUCGUCUCAGCAGGCCACCAUCCUUUACUCAGAAUUCCCUUGGGGAAAUAAGCUUUUCCAGCAUCACCACCCAACCCCUGGACCUGCACCGGUCACCUCCCUUAGACUCCCCUUCCAGAAUCAGCCUGCCCCCCAGUACCCUUGGUCUGCAGCGCAGCCUCAGUGGAGACCCCCCUCUUGGAUCUCCUGUGCUCAAAGACACCCAACGGGGCCCCCAUUUUACCCCCAACCCAGAGCCGGAGAGGGUCCAGGUGACCAAAUACAGGGCCUUCCCAGAUGCCUAUCUCACCAAGGAGAAGGAGCACGGCAAGCUGAAUCCCCGACCCGGAAAGAUGUUCAUCUACGACCAGCCAGGGAUGUGUGGCGAGAGGAUCGAGGUUCGCAGUGACGUCAUUGAUGCCACAGCCUGGCAGUUUCCAGAGACCAUCUCCAUCCGGGUGGUCAGGGGCGGCUGGGUUCUUUAUGAAAAGCCCAACUACAAGGGGGAGAAGAUUGCCCUGGAUGAAGGGGACAUCGAGCUCACCUAUCCUUUCGGACCCCCUGAGGAAGGGCAGCAGCAGGAGGGUGGACAGGAAGUGAAACCGUGCACCGAGAGGCAGUUUGUCAUCGGCUCCUUGCGCAGAGCAGUUAGGGAUUACAGUGUCCCAGAAAUCAGUCUGUUCCCUGAGGAGAAUGCAGAGGGGAAGAAGGUGAUCUUCCGGGACACGUCGGAGGACGCCCGAAUAUACGGCUUCCCCAUCAAAGCCAGCUCCAUCAUCAUCAACGCCGGGCUGUGGUUGGUGUAUGCCCACCCGUUCUUCGAGGGGAUCCCACGCGUGCUGGAAGUGGGGGGUUACCCAAACCCUGCUGCCUGGGGUGUCACCCAACCUUACGUGGGCUCAUUGCACCCACUCAAAAUUGGAGAGCCGCGUGUGGAGAAGCCCAAUGAGCCGAGGAUGGUGAUCUACGAGAAGCCGUACUUCACAGGGAAGUGUCGUGAGAUCUACAACCACACGCGUGACUUUAUGACUCGUGUGGACAGGAAGCAGAAUGCAUUCAUGUACAACGCGGGCUCCAUCAAAGUGCUGGGGGGCUGCUGGGUGGGAUACUCGAAAGAGAACUUCCGGGGGAACCAGUACCUGCUGGAGGAGGGGGAAUACCACGACUGGAGGGUGUGGGGAGGGUGCGACGCUGAGCUGCGCUCUGUGCGCCUCAUCCGAGCGGACUUCACGGAGCCCAUGAUGGUGAUGUACGCCAUGCCUGAGGAGGAGAACGAGGAGGCUGAGGAGGAGCAGACCUUCGAGGUGACGGAGGCCAUCCCAGAUGUGGAGCCUUACGGCUUCAGGACCAUGACCCGCUCCAUCCACGUGCUGAGUGGGGCGUGGAUUGCCUACUCCCAUGUGGAUUUCUCAGGGAACCAAUACAUCCUGGAGAAAGGCUUCUACAAUAGCUAUGGAGACUGGGGUGCUGAAGACAAUCAGAUCUGCUCUGUGCAGCCCAUCCUCCUGGCUGUGGGUGAAGACCCUGUCGUCCGGAACAAGAUCCUGCUGUACUCUGAGCCGGACUUCCAGGGGAACUGUCAGCUCUGUGACCAGAACCAGGAGUCUCUCCCGGAAAAAUUCCACAUCAAGUCCUGCAGAGUGCUGGGGGGAAGUUGGGCGGUGUACGAGGGGGAAAAGUUUUCGGGGAACCCAUACAUUCUGACAGAGGGGGAUUAUCCAAAUUUCAGCAGCAUGGGCUGCCGCCCUGACUGCUCUCUACGCUCACUCAAGAUCAUCCCGCUGAUGUUCGCAGUGCCCUCCAUCUCUCUCUUUGGUCUGGAGUGUUUCGAAGGGCGUGAGAUCACUGUGGACUCAGAGAUACCAAACCUGUUGAAUGAGGGGCUCAACAACCACGUACUGUCAGUCAGAGUCAACAGUGGCUGCUGGGUGGUAUGUGAGCACACGAACUACAGGGGGCGUCAGGUCCUGCUAGAGCCAAUAGAGAUCACCAACUGGGUCAAGUUCAGCGAGCUUCCCACCAUUGGCUCCAUGUACCCUAUCAGACAGAAACGUCUCUUCUUCCGCAUCAAGAACCGAGAGCAAGGUCACUAUCUGUCCAUCCAGGGGGGUGUGGAAGAAAUGAAAUCGGGUCGAGUGGUUGUGACGGAGGAGGUGGAGGGCAUGAGUGACGUCUGGUUCUACCAGGACGGUCUCAUUAAGAACAAGCUGGCCCCCACCAUGAGCCUGCAGGUGAUGGGUGAGGUGGAGCCGGGGGCCAAGGUGGUGCUGUGGGCCGAGACACGCAAACCCAUCCAGACAUGGACUGCCCACAUGAGCGGAACAAUAAUCAGCCUGACGUUCCCAGGCGUGGUAUUGGACAUCAAGGGAGGGAAGACUUACGACCGUAACCAUGUGGUGAUCUGGGGGGAGAGCGAGGAAAGACCCUGCCAGCAGUGGGAGCUUGAGCUGCUGUAGCCCUGCCCCCUCCACUGGCUCCGCCUCCUCCCUUGGCCUUGCCCUUUCCCCUGGCACUUGGAUCACCGUUCAGAUCCAGUAAGAGCUGUUUACAUCACAACCAUCACAAGGCUGCUGAUCACAGGGCAUGGACAUUUCCUGCAAGGGGCACACCUGAGCACACCUGUCUUGGCUUGUAUGGGUUCACUUUGGACUGAACAAUUUUGAAUGGUUGCACUGAGUCACUUAUGAUACCUGUUUAAGGUUAUGCAGUCAUUCAAGGGCCUCAGUAUUUAGAGGAAUGAGAGGCACAGUUGAACGCUUAAUAUAGGGAAGAAAGGUCAAUUCAGUGUGUCUCUGGAAUGGGAGGUGUCCCUGGGAGAGCAGCUUACUGGACAAAAGAGCAGUUUCUCCCCGAGCCUGUUUGUCCGGUUUACAGACCCCUAUACCUGCUCAGCUGUGUCCUUAUUCAGGACACCAUCAUGUGGUGGCAGCAAGUAGAGCCACAACGUCACAACUGCUCCACUACAGAGGAACAACUUUUCUCCCCUCUUUCAUGCAAACUACCCGAAAUCCUCUGGAAGGAAAACAGGAAGCGAGGAUGUCCUGAAUGCUCUCCUGACUUGUUGUGUGAACACAGUAACUGUGCUCUGAAAGGGAUGGGUGCAUUCUCCUGUUGUAUAGCACCACAUGAGGUCUCGCAGGCAUCAAGUCUUACGUGUGGCUUGUGUGUGCAGAUACUCUACUCAGUGCACAAAGUAUGUCUCAUUUUACAUAGUUAUGAUAGUAAUUUUAUUUGUUCCUCUUACUCUGUUUCCUUUACGUCAUGGGGUGAAAGCUAUUUUUGUACACAUUAUCAUGAUAAUAUCCAAAAAGUGCCUCUGAGAAACCACACAUGGUUAAAUUUAAUACAGUGUUGAUGCUAUUGUCAUGGUGGUGUUUUAUUUAUAUGGUCUUUGUAAUGGUUUGGUACUAUUAUUACUUUCUUAAGCGUGCCAGAGUGCAUGCUUGUAUGGAAAAAUAAAAUAUCCAGGGCUCAUAUGUUUAAAAUACUUA